UCCUCCAGCCCCUGGGGAACUGGAGCCGAGGAGGAGCUGAAAAUGCAGAUUUAGCAUCAAGCACAGACGUACACUCGCUCUUUCUCUCCGGUACACACAGCUCCCCACGCUCGCACCCCUGCCAGCGAGCGGGGCCGCCGGGCCACACGGCUCCCUCUCCAGCCAGGCGCUGGAGGAGAACGCACACUUGAUUUGCUGCUCCCCAAGCCCCUGUCUCCACACAAAGAUUUUAAAGAAAGGCAAAGAAACUAUAAAUAUAUAUACAUAUAUUUAUUUGCACCUUCCCUCCGUGUCCCCCUGCUCCACCAGCCUGCGCGCCUCCGAGCCGCACUUUCCGCUCCCAAAGGAGAUGCAGGGUGGUUCUAUCUCCCGCUGGCAGGCGGCCGCCGGGCUCCUCUUGUGUGCCACGGUUUUUGCAUCCUCCGAGAGAGCAGUCUUCACGAAUCAUUUUCUUGUGGAGUUGCAUAAAGGGGGAGAGGAAGAAGCUCGCCAAGUUGCAGCAGAACACGGCUUUGGAGUCCGAAAGCUCCCCUUCACUGAUGGCCUGUACCACUUCUAUCACAAUGGCCUUGCAAAGGCCAAGAGAAGACGCAGCCUACACCACAAGCAACAGCUGGAAAGAGACCCCAGGGUAAAGAUGGCCUUGCAACAGGAAGGAUUUGACCGGAAAAAGCGAGGGUACAGAGACAUCAAUGAGAUUGACAUCAAUAUGAAUGAUCCUCUUUUUACAAAGCAGUGGUAUCUGAUAAACACAGGGCAAGCUGAUGGAACUCCUGGCCUUGAUUUGAAUGUGGCAGAAGCCUGGGAGCUGGGAUACACAGGAAAAGGUGUGACCAUUGGGAUUAUGGACGAUGGGAUUGACUAUCUCCACCCGGACCUGGCCUCCAACUAUAAUGCAGAAGCAAGUUAUGACUUCAGCAGCAAUGACCCCUAUCCUUACCCUCGAUACACAGAUGACUGGUUUAACAGCCACGGGACCCGAUGUGCAGGAGAGGUCUCCGCUGCCGCCAACAACAAUAUCUGCGGGGUGGGAGUGGCGUACAACUCCAAAGUUGCAGGUAUCCGGAUGCUGGACCAGCCCUUCAUGACGGACAUCAUCGAGGCCUCCUCCAUCAGCCACAUGCCCCAGCUGAUAGACAUCUACAGUGCCAGCUGGGGCCCCACGGACAACGGGAAGACGGUGGAUGGGCCCCGGGAGCUCACACUUCAGGCCAUGGCCGACGGCGUGAACAAGGGCCGUGGGGGCAAAGGCAGCAUCUACGUAUGGGCCUCCGGGGACGGUGGCAGCUACGAUGACUGCAACUGCGAUGGCUACGCCUCAAGCAUGUGGACCAUCUCCAUCAACUCGGCCAUCAACGAUGGCAGGACUGCCCUGUAUGAUGAGAGCUGCUCUUCCACUUUGGCCUCCACCUUCAGCAACGGGAGGAAGAGGAAUCCCGAGGCCGGUGUGGCAACCACAGAUUUGUAUGGGAACUGCACUCUGAGGCAUUCUGGGACAUCUGCUGCUGCUCCCGAGGCAGCUGGCGUGUUUGCACUGGCUUUGGAGGCGAACCUGGGUCUGACCUGGCGAGACAUGCAGCAUCUGACCGUGCUCACCUCCAAACGGAACCAGCUUCAUGACGAAGUCCAUCAGUGGCGGCGGAACGGAGUCGGCCUGGAGUUUAAUCACCUCUUUGGUUACGGGGUCCUGGACGCAGGCGCCAUGGUGAAAAUGGCUAAAGACUGGAAAACCGUGCCGGAGAGAUUCCACUGUGUGGGAGGCUCCGUGCAGGACCCUGAGAAAAUUCCACCCACUGGCAAGUUGGUGCUGACCCUCACAACCGACGCGUGCGAAGGGAAAGAGAAUUUCGUCCGCUACCUCGAGCAUGUCCAAGCGGUCAUCACGGUCAACGCCACGAGGAGAGGAGACCUGAACAUCAACAUGACCUCCCCGAUGGGCACCAAGUCCAUCCUGCUAAGCCGGCGGCCCCGGGACGACGACUCCAAGGUGGGCUUUGACAAGUGGCCGUUCAUGACCACCCAUACGUGGGGGGAAGACGCCCGGGGAACCUGGACCCUGGAGCUGGGGUUUGUCGGCAGCACGCCCCAGAAGGGGGUGCUGAAGGAGUGGACCCUGAUGUUGCACGGCACGCAGAGCGCACCGUACAUCGACCAGGUGGUGAGGGAUUACCAGUCUAAGCUGGCCAUGUCCAAGAAGGAGGAGCUGGAGGAAGAGCUGGACGAAGCCGUGGAAAGAAGCCUGCAGAGCAUCCUGAGCAAGAACUAGGCCACCCGCCACCCUGUCGCCCCGCCUCUGCCUCCGCCCAGCAGCUGCUGUCACCCCUCCCCCAACACGAGUCCAUCGCCUGAGCUGAAAGCUUUGCCCACUGUCCAUGAUGAUUUUCACGACAAUGAAAACAACCUUUUCUAUUCCACCAUGCCCCAGAUAUAGUGUUCCCACCAACGUGUAUGUCCCACAUGUCACUCCAAGUUCUUUCUUUCCCGCAUCCAAAUGGGUGAUGUCCUGCAAACGAAACUGGCACAGCUUCUCCCAGCCCCCCAGCCCCCCAGCCCCAAUUUUUUUUCCUCUCUGAGAAAAGAGCACAUUUCAAAAGCCACGCCCAGUGGCUGCGAGAAUGUUUGUCCCGCGGCCUGAACGAAGCACAAGAGAGGUGGUGGGUCCUUUGGGGAGAGGUAAUUUGAACUUACCAUCCCUGGAUGGUAGAUGAAAUCACACCAUCCAGGGAGAGGCCUAGUUACUAGAUGGGGGCAAGAGAUCCGAAAAGCAAGAGCUUUGGAAAUUUCACCACCAACCCCAAAAUCCUUCCUUUACCUGUCCUGCUCAGCCAACAUGAUAAGUAUGUAAUCUAAGAAAGUUCUGGAAAAAUCUGCAGGAGCAGCCCAAAUUUCUCUCCAUUUGCAGAGUUCAGCCCAGCCCCAGUUUUCUGGGGUUCCUCACAUAGCUGUCCAAAAGAAAAUGGGGCAAGUCAAUCAGGCAGACGUGGCCACCUGUCUGGGGCAGGGUCGUUUGCUCUCUGGUUUUUCAAACUACGUCUCUGGGGUAUCUUCAUCUGAUAUAAGGGAGAGGCGAGGUGAGUGUUUUCUCAAAGCUUUGCACACAUCUCCUUGGGCUUUAAUUUCAAAAAAAAAAAAAAAAAAAAACACUGGAGAGGAACAACUUCCUGCCUCUUGCUGUGAGUUCAUUGAUGUGUUGGAAGGGUGAUGGAGACGUGUGCGAGGACACGAGUGGCAUCCCCACUUGGACCCCUCGACCGGUGGAGCCUCUUCUGCCGAGAAAGGGAUGUGCCACGUGCCAGCUCGCUCCCCGGUCCCUUGAGGGCUGCAGGAAGCAACAGGACAGCUCUGUUGGCACAUGGUGCCAUCUUGGUGACUCGGCAGGCCGCGAGACAUCAAGCAUGCAACCAGAGGCGGCUGUUGUCAGCCCCAGAACCCACCAUUUCUUUGCUAGACUGACGACCAAGUGACUUCCUGUCACUUUAUUUUCCUACCCAGGUUUACCUUCUCAUUCCCAGUGGCAGGGCCCACCCAUUCCCAAGACACGGCUCCUCCUCUCCCACUCCCGGCUCCUCCCUCCCUUCCCAUGGGAUCUGCUGGCAUAGCCCCAGGUCCUGUUCCCCAGGCCCGCAACACAGAGCACUAACGAUGGCAACUUUGAGAGAGAAUCUGGAAGUCCCAGUGUCUGUCUCUUCUCCCCCAUCUUGGCAUGAAUUCCAGUCUUCUCGAACAUCUUGUGACCUUCCUCCAUCAUGCUUUGAAGUGUAAUAUUUAUGAUUUUUUAAAAGAAAUUUAUUACUUGUUGCAAAGGUCUUUUUAAACCAGUUUAAAGAAACAAUAAAUGGAAAUCAUUGAAAAUUCAUUUCACAUUAAUUGUCUGAAAAUAAACCAAAGGACAUUAUGUGUGCAUGUGUGUAUAAAGUGCACACAGAAAUAUAUAUACAUAUGUAGACUAUAUACAUGUGUGUAUAUGUGUAUAUAUAUACACUUGUAUAAAUGUAUAUACACACAUAUACCCAAAAUGUGUGUACGUGUACUUAUUUAAAGAAACAGACACUAUAUUCAUCUCUUAAAGAAUAUUCAGAGACUAUCACGAUGAUUCUGGCUGAAGCAAAAGGCCGGUGGAAAUUCAGGUCAAAGUGUUCAUCCAUCCCCAUUACGUCACCUGUGUAAUUUCACAACUCUCUGUAUAAACAUUAAAUGUCUUCUAUAGCAGCAAAAAUAUGAAAUAGUUGUCCAUAUUUUCAAAGUUGUGGUAUAAUUUAUGAAAUUAGAGAGUGACUUAUCCGCUUCUUAAUAGAAAUGGCAAGUUUUGAUAUGACUAUACAGUAUAUAAAAUAUAUAUAGUGCUAUAUAUCCACACAUUGGGUCUCUUUCAUUUCUUUUUGGCUUCAGUAUUGAUGCUGACCUCUGUCUAGCUAGUGCUAUUUUUAUGAUAUCCCCGAUCCUAAUGCAAGAGACAUUUACUCAUUUAUUUUAAAGCUAAAAUAAGUGAUUGAUGAAUAGGGUUCACAUUGUUCUACCCUGUGCCAGAUUUUAUAAGUAAAUUUAGAAGGACAUGUUGUAGAUUAGGAGACUCAACAAUAAAACAUUGCCUUCCAGAAAUCAUGUGGGAUGUGCUGUAUCGUCCAUGGAAACCCAUCCAUUCUAGGGGCACAUAAUAAAAAGUUGUUGCCAUAUA